AUGACUGUAUCUGAGUACAUCAAGAAGUUUGAAGAAUUAUCACGUUUCGCAACUCAUGUGACCACUACCAGCGAAAUAAAAAUUGAUCGUUUCAUUGGAGGGCUAAAACCUGAAUUGGCACGAGAUGUACAGAUGUUAGGAGUUCAAGGCUUGGAUUUUUCUCUAGAAAUAGAUAAAGCUUUAAUGGCAGAACAAGCAGAGGCCAAAAUAGCUCAAGUCCGAGAAGUGAAAACCUCGAACAAUAGGCACUGGAAUGAUACCACUAAGAGUACCAGGAUUGACAGAAAUGGUCCUAAAUUCCCAAACAAAAAGUCUCGAAUGGAAGACAAAUCCAAGAAAACAAUGUCAUCAUCAUACCUUCAUUGUGGAAAAUUCCAUAGUGGGCCGUGUCAACUUAAACUUGGAUUAUGUUUUGGUUGUCGAAAAGAGGGCCACAUAGUAAAGGAUUGUCCAAACAACGAAAGGAAAAAUCAACAGAAAUCGAGUCCUCCAGCAGGUAUAGUAUUUGCAAUGGUACAACCUGAAGUUGCUGAAGAUGCGAAAGUUGUUACAGGUAAAAACACCAUAUCAUUUACAGUACAUGAGAAAACAUCUAGAAUUAUAAUUUCGACAACUAAGGCUACCAAGCUUUUAACUCAAGGACAUUGA